AUGGCUGCAGCUAUCAGAGAAACUGUUUCAAACCUCGUUGAGAGGUUCCAGGGGCAUCACAUAGAUGCUCCCCGCGAACCAUCCCCCGAGGAGUUCGAUCAACUGAAGCAGAAGUACACCGAUGCAGGACAAGGACAGGUCUUUGCAUUCGCCGAUGAACUGAACUCAGUCGAGAAGUCUCAGCUUUUCCACCAACUCUCAAAUUUCGACCCCAAGCGCAUCAACGAACUCGCCGACAAGGCCUUGAACCCUCCCAAAGCCGACAAAGGCCCUAGCUCCCUCGAGCCUCUCCCUGAUGUCGCCACAGCCUCGAUUCUCGAUUCAGACCCGAAGGACAUCGAGUUAUGGUACGAAGAGGGCCUCAAGCUUGUGGCGGAGAACAAGGUGGCGGUUGUCUUGAUGGCAGGUGGACAAGGGACCCGUCUGGGUAGCUCUGCCCCCAAGGGCUGCUUUGACAUCGGACUCCCCAGCCACAAGUCGCUGUUCCAGAUCCAGGCCGAGCGUAUUGUGAAGCUUCAGCUUCUUGCUCAGAAGAUCUCUGGCCAGGAGGCUGCCAUCCCCUGGUAUGUCAUGACCAGCGGACCUACACGCAAGCCAACGGAGGAGUUUUUCGAAGAACACAAGUACUUCGGGCUGAAGAAGGAUAAUGUGGUUAUCUUUGAACAGGGUGUCCUGCCCUGCAUCUCCAAUGAUGGUAAAAUCUUGAUGGAGAGCAAAUCCAAGGUGGCUGUUGCUCCUGAUGGAAACGGUGGUAUCUACCAGGCCCUCCUUACAUCCGGCGUGAGAGAGGACAUGCGCAAGAGGGGUAUUGAGCACAUUCACACCUACUGUGUGGAUAACUGCCUGGUCAAGGUGGCGGACCCUGUGUUCAUUGGCUUCGCUGCCUCGAAGAAGGUCGAUGUUGCUACGAAGGUGGUACGGAAGCGUAACGCUACGGAAUCAGUCGGUUUGAUUCUGCAGAAGAAUGGCAAGCCUGACGUGGUUGAAUACUCGGAGAUCGACAAGGAGACCGCAGAGGCCAAGGACCCCAAGCAACCUGACGUGCUCAAGUUCCGUGCCGCGAACAUUGUCAACCACUACUACUCCUUCCACUUCUUCGAAACAAUCGAGACCUGGGCCCACAAGCUACCCCACCACGUUGCCAGAAAGAAGAUCCCUUGCAUUAAGGAAGAUACCGGCGAGUUCUUCAAGCCAGAGAAGCCCAACGGCAUCAAGCUGGAGCAGUUCGUCUUUGAUGUGUUCCCCAUGACCCCCCUGGAGAAGUUCGCCUGCAUUGAGGUCCGCCGGGAGGAUGAAUUCUCGCCGCUGAAGAAUGCACGGGGCACAGGAGAGGACGACCCCGAUACCAGCAAGCAGGACAUCAUGGGACAAGGACAACGCUGGAUUGAGAAGGCUGGCGGCAUUGUCGUCACCGAGGACAACGCUGUUGGUGUGGAGGUAUCUCCCUUAAUCAGUUAUGGUGGGGAAGGACUCGAAUUCUUGAAAGGACGCGAGAUCAAAGCACCAGCUGUUAUCGAAAAGGAGGAGUAG